AUGGCACCGUUUGUUUGGGACUGUCUGUUCUGUUUGCUUCCGUCUCUGUUUCUGUUCCUGCUGAGUCUCGUCCUUCGCUGGCUCAGAGCACGCUGUCGGUCGGGAUGGGCGUCUGUGACUAAAGAAGAACCUUCACUCAUCUGCAAAACCUCUGCGCUGGCCAAAUAUCUGCUCCGCCACUGUGGCUCUCUGGCCAGGCCGAGACCGGCUGCAUGGCCCAGGGGAGACCCCCACCUCCAGACCCUGUCUGGUCUGCUGUGUGGACCACAAGGAGACACAGUAGAGUUCACCAGGGACAAUCUGUUACUGAGAGACGGGGGGAUAGUAGCUGUGGACUGGGCUCUGGAGACAGGACUGGGUGGGAGGAUUGGGAGGGGGAGGUGGGAGGGGAGGAAGGAGCAUCAGUUGGGGGGAAAGGCGCUGGGUUGCUUCACCUCGACCCCUCCUGUCCUUCUCCUCAUCCCUCAUUCAUGGGGAGGGGUGAGCCCUCACUUGAAGGCCCUGUGCCAUCAGGCCAUCCGUCAGGGCUUUUACGUGGUGGUGUUUCACCCUCGGGCCACAGCAGGGUGCCCACUGACCACAGCACGACUCACUGAGUUUGGAGACCCGGCUGAUCUUGAGCAGGCAUUGGCCUACGUCCACAGCCGCCACCCGUCCUCUGAGCUGGUGGCAGUGAGUGAGGGUUCGGGUUCAGGAGUCCUUCUCUCAUACCUGGGGGAAUGUGGAUCGAGCACAUACCUGACUGCAGCUGCUGCCAUCUCACCUGUGCUCCUGGGCCAGCUGUGGUUCAAAACGGCCAUGCCUGCCAUUUAUCGCUGGGGAGUGCUGUUGAAGCGGAAACUGCAGCUGAGAAGAUACGCAAAUUCCUUCAGAGGAGUCGUGGAUGUGGACCGGGUCCUCAGCUCUUCCUCCCUGAGAGACUUUGAAGAAACUCUAUUCUGCUCUUCAGCCCAGCUUCCGGAGAAGCCUCCAGUCAACCCUCAAAACAACUCUGGACUGAGGUCAAGACCUCAUUAUGAGGGGGAGGUGGCUCCCUCAGUGGCCUGGGCACUGGGGGAAAGGGCUCAGCCAGCUGAGGACUGGGACAGCUACUGGGAGAGGAACGAACCCCUGAGAGAUGCAGAUGAAGUGGCCGUCCCUGUGCUCUGCAUCUGCAGCCGCGACGACCCUCUCCUCCCUCCUGCCUCCACUAUACCCAUCGCCCUUUUCCAGAGCAAUCCCCACUUCUUUCUGGUGUUGACAGACAAAGGAGGGCACUGUGGAUUCACUCAAGAACAGGAGGAGAUGGAGGGAGGGAAGGAUGAAAAUAAGGAGGUGGAGGAAGGAAGCUGGAGUCACAUCGCAGUUCUGGAGUACUUCAGAGUUGUGGCUGAUUUCCUAAGAGGGGAGAGGAUGGAUGGAACAAGCUGGGGUGGUCCACUGGGGGAAGACAUCCAGGCUGGGCAGAGGAACAGGGGCAGUAACACGGCCCUUCUCCGCAGGAGGAGAGCCACCGUGAUGAGGAGAUCAAGACCUCGGGCACCAGAACAGAGCAGCGUGGAUGCAGAAAGAGAGAACUUCACCUGGAAAAGGUCCUAUACACGCUGAGGACGAAGAUGGUGGAGGAUUAGAAAGAUUCUAUCGACUUUUGGACUUUGUCAAUCAAACAUCUGGAAGAUAAAAGCAGCAUGGGAAUGGACAGCUGUUGGAAAAAAAUAUUUUCUUCUUCAUUGAUCAUGUGGAUAUUUGGUUAAGAUAAACAUUGGUAGGGGUUGGAAUCACAAGAUAACCUAUGAUACAACAUGCAAUACAUGGUCCACGAUAACAUCACGAUGCAGCAGCUCUGCAAUAAUAAUGCACGAAAUAAUGAUACAUCACAAAAAAAUACUAAAUGCCCCUAAAGAGUUUCACUGCAGGAUUCGUAUGUUUAUUCACUGCAAUUUGGUGUCAGUUUCAGAGUUUUACACAAACUGAGAUGAAACAAGCGACAAAAAAAGUUUAAUCUUAGUGCCUCUUUAGUCUUUAACAAGCACACUGUCACCUCACAGAUGCCAUUAUUCAGAUGUAAAAUAACCAUAACCCAUAAUAUUGAUAUUUGGCCCCAGCAUAUUGAUAAUAUCAUGAGUAAGGACAAUAAUAUAUUGCAGAAUCUGUAUUUUAUCCCACCCCACCACUUUGUACGUAUCGAACCAUCAUGUUUCCAGGGAGUGUAGCUCGGAGCCACUGAAAAAAAGUCAAUAAAGAAAAAGGUUUUUAAAGCUUUAAAUACUUUUACUGUCUCAUGCUCCUCACACACAAAACACCAUAGGACAACGAAAUAUUAAAAUUACUUUAUUACAGAUGAUUCUUUAUCCAGUAGCCCUCUUCCAACAAAAAAUAGUAAUUACAAACAAAAUAUUACAUUUAUCCCCUAAACUUUGUUUCUGAAUUUCUUUUAUACAUUUUAAAUCACUUUGUCAUCUGUAAGGAAUAGCUUUUCUCUUCUGCUAUGCGACAUUCAGCUUUUUGCACAAUCUAUACAAUUUAAUACAGUUUAAUACAGGUCUCUGGACCAGGGAGAAUUAAACAGCAAGAUCCACCAAAUGACAGGAGAGAUAAAAGAAAUACUGAUCAACAGACUGUACAGAAAUGACCCUGCCUACCGCCUACUCUCAGCCAAUGGCAGCCAUCCCUCAGCACCCUGAGGGGGGGGGAAUCACAGUACACAUUUAAUCUGGUCAAUCACUUGUGCAAUCAGUGCAACUGAUCCAGUUCAGAGUGACCAAGGUCUAAAGCUAGACUCUGCCCCAACUGCCUCAAAACACACAACUGGGACUUCUAGUAAACACAAGAGAAAUCUAAAAGUCUGCCACUGGUUUGGCUGCUGACAUCAGCUGGAAAAGAAAACGACCCUUUCUGGUGUUAAAGGAAAUAAAAUCUCUAAGGAGCUGGAAAAAUAAAAGUUGGUAAAAUAUGUUGGGUACAAUGGCGUACUGGCUGAAGAAAGAAGUGGGGACACUUUUUCUCUGUGCCAUUAAAAAACAACAGGAUUGUAAAUUGUGAGUUCAGGGAGGUAAGAUUUUUAAAAAAGGCAAAUACUUUUAAGUGCAGUGUGAAAAUGCUUUGUGUAAAACCAGAACAGAAGCUGGAACACGCUUCAUAAGUCAGACGCUCAAGUUCAAAUCAUAUCAGUGGAUCCCACAACACCUAAGAGUAACUCUUUGUAGAUAUCAAACUACAGAUAUAUUUUCACUGUCUUGUGCAAGAACUUGUCAGGUUGUGGAGUGCACCAAAUGUUGUUUAUGCAGCCAAAUGUUACAGAACUGAGCCGCUUUUAGGACAUUCUUUAUUUUCUAUGUCACUGUGAUCUCGACCUAAAAACCACGAAGAACCUAAGUAGACAGCUUGAGUCUUCUAUACUGGGUACUGUAAUGUCAGUAAAAUAUAGCCCAUGCUAAAUCAAAGGCUACACCUAACUAGAUUUCAAAUGAUGUGCAAAAUUAUCCUCAUUCAGCAUCAAACAAAAAAAGGUCGCCGUUACCCUCGAGUCCAAGAGUUGAACUGUUGUCAUUCACAACAGAAUAUCUGUAACCAUCUCAGAACCGGUGGCUCCAAGUAAGACAGUGAAAACCCAGCGGCUGUAAAACACUUAAAAACCGCUGGUCUAAAACCACGUCACUGUGUCCGCAUCACAACAAGUUAAUUUGUCUUUGAUUUGUUAAUUGUGAUUUCCAUAUUUUCAAAUUCAAAAUAUACAAUAUUAACAGGUUUCCUGUACAUUCCACCUCUGAAGAUAAUAUAAUGCAUAAUCUCUGCAUUUCCCAAUAAGACUCCCACCUUUAU